AUGGUCAAAGCAGUCGUUCUUGGGGCCUCUGGUGGCAUUGGCCAGCCCCUCUCCCUUCUCCUGAAAGCCAGCCCAUUGGUCGAUGAGCUCUCACUCUACGAUGUUGUCAAUACUCCUGGCGUCACAGCCGAUCUCUCUCACAUCUCCUCAAUAGCCAAAAUCACGGGAUAUCUACCUGCUGAUGAUGGCUUGAAGAAGGCCUUGACUGGAGCAGACGUCGUACUCAUCCCUGCUGGCAUUCCUAGAAAGCCUGGCAUGACCCGUGAUGAUCUCUUCAAGAUUAAUGCUGGCAUCGUUCGCGACCUCGUCAAAGGCAUUGGAGAGUACAGCCCAGAAGCCUUCAUCUUGGUCAUCUCUAACCCAGUAAACUCUACUGUUCCCAUUGCUGCCGAAGUCAUGAAGCAGGCCGGCAAAUUUGACCCAAAGCGUCUGUUCGGUGUCACCACUCUGGAUGUCGUCCGCGCCGAGACUUUUGUUCAGGACAUCACUGGCGAGAAGGACCCUUCCAAGACCGUCAUCCCUGUCAUUGGUGGUCACUCUGGCGAAACCAUCGUACCUCUUUUCAGUCUCGCAAAGCCUGCAGUUAAAAUUCCGGCAGAGAAGCUCGCGCCUCUAAUCAAGCGUGUCCAAUUCGGCGGAGAUGAGGUCGUCGAGGCUAAAGGGGGCGCAGGAUCCGCAACUCUCUCCAUGGCAUACGCCGGUUUCCGCUUUGCGGAGAAGGUGAUCAAGGCUGCUAAAGGCGAGAAAGGAAUCGUUGAGCCGACGUUCAUCUACCUACCAGGUGUCACUGGCGGCGAUGCAAUCGCCAAAGAAACUGGUGUUGAUUAUUUCUCUGUACCUGUCGAGCUCGGGCCCUCUGGAGCGGAGAAGGCCAACAAUAUCCUCCCACAAGUAAAUGAUGACGAGAAGAAUCUUCUCGAGGCUUGCAAAACCGGGUUGAAGGGCAGCAUCGAGAAAGGUGUCGAAUUCGUGCACAACCCACCGCCAAAGUGA